AGGGCUUUGCGCCCAGACAUUGCCGUGGAAGCCGAGCGGGUGGCUGCAGGGAAGCUGUUGAGGCUGCGGCGUCUGUCGUCUCCUCUACGCUGCGGCUCGCAGAGAUGCUUGGACUUCUGAUCUUCUUCCUUUUCUUCCUCUUCCUCCUGUACGUGGCUGCGCCCCAAAUCAGGAAAAUGGUGGCCUUUGGGGUGUGCACAUCUACUGUCCAGCUUCCUGGGAAGGUCGCUAUUGUCACUGGAGCUAACACAGGCAUUGGAAAGGAGACGGCCAAAGAGCUGGCUCGGAGAGGAGCCCGCGUAUAUUUAGCUUGCCGGGAUGUGCAAAAGGCGGAAUUAGUAGCCAGAGAGAUCCAAGCCGUGACAGGGAACCGGCAAGUGCUGGUGCGAAAACUGGACCUGGCUGACACUAAGUGUAUUCGAGCCUUUGCUGAGGACUUCUUAGCAGAGGAAAAGCACCUGCACAUUUUGAUCAACAAUGCAGGAGUGAUGAUGUGUCCCUAUUCCAAGACAGCAGAUGGCUUUGAGAUGCACAUAGGAGUGAACCACCUGGGUCACUUCCUCCUGACCCAUCUGCUGCUGGAGAAACUGAAGGAAUCUGCCCCCUCCAGGGUAAUAAAUGUGUCCUCCUUUGCACAUCUCUUGGGAAGGAUUCACUUCCAUAACCUGCACGGCGAGAAGUUCUACCAUUCGGGACUGGCCUACUGCCACAGCAAGUUAGCCAACGUGCUGUUCACCCGGGAGCUGGCCCGGAGGCUGGAAGGCUCUGGCGUCACGACCUAUUCCGUGCACCCUGGCACCGUCAUCACUGAGUUGAUUCGGCACUCGUCUUUCAUGAGGUGCAUGGCGUGGCUCUUCUCCUACUUCCUCAAGACUCCUCAGCAGGGAGCGCAGACCAGCCUGCACUGUGCCCUCACAGAAGGUCUUGAAGUUCUGAAUGGGAGUUAUUUCAGUGAGUGCCAAGUGACAUGGGCCUCAGCCCAGGCUCGGAAUGAGACCAUAGCAAGGCGUCUAUGGGACGUCAGCUGUGACCUGCUGGGCCUCCCAGUGGACUGACAGGUGGUGGCAAUUGGACCCAAAAGAAGACUGCAGCAGCUGUUAUAGUACUCCCUGCCAAAAUGAUUCUCCUCCAAGAUGGCCAAAGAGCGCACAAAGAGCAAAACCUUCCAGCCCAACCCGAUGGUGACCAGUAGCAUUGUAGGGGAUGAUGACUCUUAGCAUAUCAUUUUAAGAUAGAAUAAUUUGGGCUCAUGACUGGAGCUUGAGCCGGUCAGGUGGCACAAGAAAAACAACAUGUGGCCAAGGCUACAACGUUCCAGUCUCUUACCAUAAAAGCCAAAAAUGUGUAUAAGCUAAAAACAGACAGGCCCACUUCCCUGACUUACAAGUUGGGAUGAGAGGUGACCGGUCUAAAUUAAAACUUUGUCUGUUCUCUUUGGUCUCCUGCGGAAUACAGCCCAAAUUUUUGCCUUAACAGCAUCUCAGCACUCUGCCAGAUUGGUCUGCUCACCUCGCAUUUGUCUAGACCCACUUUCUUCUUCUACUGCCAAAGCAUUCUGUCCAUAUCAUUGGAUAAGAUGACCUCGCAUGACCUGCACAGCUUGCAUUUUCCUUCUGAAACUUACUCCUGUGUAGGCGUAUAAAGAGCCCUUCUGGAUCUCA